AUAAAUGAACAACUCCAACAAGAAUUUCAAAAAAGACUUUAACAUUGUUUAAAAUAUGAAAAAGUACUUCUAAAACAACAUCGGAUAAAUAAAAUAGCAUUUUGAAGAAGAAGCUCACCUUGAUAUUUCAUCAAACUCAGAAUAUAUUUUACUACCUGAUUUAAAGUCUAUGGUCUUCAACAUAGUUGAUUUAGAGAGAAAUGAUUUCGAUUAACUAAGUAUUAAUCAAUCUAUGUUUGUUGUUUCCUCGACAGAGGCUUCAAGUAUUGAAUUUAUUUAUUUAAAGGCAUAAAAAUUUCAGUGAAUUCACAAAGUCUAACUAAUAAUUCUUUUUCCUCAAACUCUGCUUUAGAAGAUUUUUGAAUUAAUCAUAAAGAACUAG